AUGUCGAUUCCUAUCAAACCACAACAUCACUUUGGCGUUCCAAACCCAUUCAAACGCAAAGACGAAGAGAAGGCUGAGAAAGAGGACCAAGUACAGAAAGAGAUUAAAGAGAAAAAACGUGAGGAGAAAAAAGAAAAGAAGGAGGAAAAAGAACGCGAAAAAAAGAAGAAGGAAGAGCUGAAAAGUCAGAAACGCAACAGAAAAGGGAGUGUCGAAGGCCGUAUUGAAGAAUUUUUUAAAAUAACGGGAAUACAAAAAGUGAAGCAACACGAAGAGGAGGUGAAGCUUGAACAAAUUAAAGAGCAAAACUUAAAAGUGGAUGCUAAUGAAAAGUUGUUAAAGAACGACGAAACAAAAGAAAUUAAUAUCGAUGACCCACAAAUACAACACAAAAGUUCAACUAACACCCCAACCCCAAGAAAAGAACAAGUGGAACCCAAAGUUAAUGGUAUCCCCGAAAGAACACCACGUUACAAACAUGACAGUUUAAAUGCACAAAAGGGUGUUGAAGAAGAUAUUCCAAAAACUCCUAAAACAUCUGAUAAAAGUCCAGAAAAGACACCCGAGAAGGUAAUAGAUAAAACAGAAAAAAUUCCCGAAAAAACGCCCGAAAAGAGUCCCGACAGAGUUGGGGAAAAAAAGAAUAUUUUGCAAUCGACUACAAAAAUGUUGAAAUCGAUGAUCUUUAUAAAAGAACAAGAAAAGGCGACUGAUAAAAACCAAGACAUUGUUGGGGAUGUCUCUGACGAAGAAUUACAAAAAGGACUUCAUGUUGAAAUCCAAAGUGUUCCAAAAAAGAAAAAAAAGAAGUUUGACUUUGUAAAAGAAAGUUUAAAACGUCGAGGACUUAAGGCACAAAGUGGGAUGUCAACAUCACAUGCAAAUAGUGAUGACGUGACUGACAGAUUUUUCUUGACAACACAGACACCAUUUGUUAGGAAGGAAGUUUACCAUGUGACUUGGGAUGGAAUGACACAAGACCAAUUUGAAACAAAAAGUUUAACAACGGGUAGCUUUAUUGAUGUUCUAAAAAAUUUUGAGAAUGAAGCAAAGGAACAGAUUCUUUAUAUUGAAGAUGACUUUCAAAUCAAAUUUGAAGACAUUUACAGAAACGCCAAAAUCUUUGCAAAGUCACUUUUGUGCAUCGACGUAGAUGUCAAGCAGGUUGGAGUUCUUAUUAUGCUUGAAAAUGGGAUUCAUGCGAUGACCGCCGCAUUGGGUGUGAUGAUGGCUGGGAUGUCUGCAGUUUAUUUGAAUGAAGGAUCUUCAAUGGACAUGGUUAAGCUUGUGAUUAAUAAGGCAAACGUGCGAAUAUGUUUAUUAGACCAAACUUCGUUGAGUUUUAGAGAAUUAUGGGAUAUGUACUCCGAUAUGACUCUUGUCAAUGUUGAGGGCGACUAUAAAGAUAUUUACGAACCUUAUAUUGUGCAUGGAGAAACAACAAUUAACAACAAACUCCGUUAUAAAAUCACACAAAAAGUAGUACAAAAAAUCCAUCCAAAAGAAGAACCUACAUUUUAUGACAGAGAAGGGGAUGUGUAUGUUGAGACGGAGAAUGAAUGUGUGUAUACCAUGGAAAGUUUUUUAAUGCGAUCGGAAUCAAUUUCUGAUGACGAAUUUUCGACGAAAGUGAGUCGAGUUACCACUGAUAGCAUUUUGGAAAUAGUUUUUGUCCCAUCAAAGCAUGGUGGGUAUAAAGGAAUCAUUUGGACACAUGGGAACGUCAUUGAACAGAUCAAACAAGUCUCAAAACACUGCGGAAUGAACAACAAGACAAAAGUACUAAAUGGCCUCCCCAUCUCAUUUUACUUAGAACGCAUCUUUGCUCUCUAUAUUCCGCUCUACAUUAAAUGCACUGUGGCAAUUGUUUCGAGAGAAUCUACAAGAAAGAUGAUGGUCUUCUAUUUAAAGGCGAUCGAGAAGUACAAACCAACUAUAUUGUUCUCAACACCGCGCGUUUUUGAAAAGCUCAACAGAAUUGCUAAACAGAAAAAGCUUGGGCGGAAGGCACUUUGUAUUUCAACACACCACGCAAAGUCCACACAAAAUAUUCCAUUGGUCACCGGUAUAUGUUCACCAGAAGCAUGUGGGUUUGUGACGAUGAGCAAAAUUGAUGGUAACGACAAUACAGAAGGUCCAACGUUGGAAGGUAUUAUGGCAACCAUUCAUAAUGGGAAGUUGCGUGUGUGUGGUCCUUCGAUAACACCGGGAUAUGUUAGUGGAGAUGUGAGGGGCGUAAACGGUGUUUUACUCAACACGAUGGUUGAGAUGAUAGUAAUGGAUGGAGUUAAAGUGUACCAAUCGGUUGGAAAGAUUUCUCCAUGUGUGGUAACAGGGAAUGAAGUGAUAUUACACUGCCCAAUCAUCGAAGAUUUGCUUAGAAAAAUCCAGACUGUCGACAAUGUGUUGAUUGUUGGAGAAGGCAAAAGGUGCCCAGGUGCGCUUUUUGUUGUGAACGAGGCAGAGGUGGUGAAGGCAUUUGGUGGUGGUGAUGUUCGAAAGAACACCGAAUACAUGAAGUGGUUACGAAAAAGAGUAGUAGACUUGAUGGCUGUUUUUCCGUCCUAUAUGCGAGUAAAACGAUUUAUUAUUGUUAAGGACGCACCUACUGAGGAGUUUAACGUUGUGAUCAAAGACCAUAUGUCGAAUGAAGAAAGGGUUAAACUCUAUUGUAAGUAUAAAAAAGUUAUUGACAUGCUUUACCCAGACGAGCCUUACGCAGAAAAAGUUGUGGAAAAAUGA